AUGGAGUUGGCAGACGGCUCAACAGAUAUUGUGCACCCUGAAGUGCGAGCGCACAUCACCAGUCUUGUCUCUGCUCUUGGAGGUGUCAGUGCCGACGACGAUGGCCGCUACCAACUCGGAGACGAUGCUCUCGAGGUCCUGCGUGAUCUUAAACGAUGGAUUCGAUUCUACGAUGAAAAGACGAACCGCAUGGAUGUUGCCCGAUGCAUCUACGAAGCGAAUCUGAUCGAGGGUGACUUGCUCCCCAUUCUUGCGACAUGGCCCGAGAACGCUACAGACAGCAAAUUCAAGGCUCGAAUAGCUCUUGCUUGUUUCGAACUGAUGGUCCCUCUUACAUGGCCUAUGGAGAAAGACAGGGAGCGCAUGACGGUAAACCACCAUCGUCAUAUGCCCGUUUUGCAGUUGGCGCAGGUCCGGUACAAGAGAGAUAUCAUCAACUACGAUGGAGCUCGUAUACUUCAUACAGCUGUACGAGUGGCACUCCCUUCCAUGGCAAUCCCAAUCGGCGAUCGAACACAACGUGAUCAAGGCAUUAUCAAGCUUGUUUUGUUCUUCCUCCGUAACGUUGCCAUGAUAGAGCCUCCGCCUGAUGUCAAAUACGAAGGAGACGAGUCCCAAAUAUCGCGAUCCGCUACCAUUGACGCCUUCUCAUACCAAGACAUCUUUCUCGUGCUCUUGACCCUGGCUUCCAACAUGGGAGAGGAUUUCCGAACCGAAGAUACAACCGUCAUGGAGAUUAUAUACCACCUUGUAAAGCAGGUGGACUCGGAAAAGCUCUUCAUGAACGAGAACCAGCUGAGCAAGGCUAAGGCUGGAGAGCUAGCCAGUAUGAUGAACAAGGAACAAUCUAUGCUGAACGCAUACAACCGCAAGGGGCCGACUCGUCAUAACCGAUUUGGCACCAUGAUCUGGGUGAAGCGAGACGACGGCAAAAUGUCGUCGUUAUCAGGACAGGAUGCUUUGGCCGAUGCGUCGUUGCGAAAUCAGAAGUUGGACAGUUCAAAGACUUAUCGACCUCCUCGCCGCCCACGCAAAGCCACCAAAGACGACAAGGAUCUUGGAUUACCAGCCAAGCUCAAUUCUCGUGCCUAUGAUCAGCUGCGGUCGUUUGUGGAAGAAUUUCUCGACGCGGGUUUCAACCCCCUUUUCCAACACGUCCGCAAGACAAUCGACCGCGAAGCGCCACAUGUGAUGCCAUUUCAUCGCCGCCAGUUCUUCUACCUUGUAUCAUGGUUCCUAGAAGCCGAGCGCAUGAGACGGAAGGCAAAGAAACAGUCAGGAAAGAACACGAGCGAGGAGGUCAGCAGCUUCAAUCUUAUCGCAGGCGUUCUUAACCAGGAAAUGUUCAUUACUCUUACCAAAGCCCUGCAUGAGUCAAUUGGCAUGAAGGACUGGUACGAACUGACAGCUGUCAUGCGUUGCUUCACCCAGAUCCUUCUCACAGUCCAAGAGAUGUCUCAAUCGGGUAACGAAGAUGAUGAGGAGAUUGCCGAGAACGUGCUCAGCCGUCUGUUCUACGAAGAAGAAACCCACGAUGCAAUUGCCAAAAUCAUCAGGGACUACAAGGAUCAAGGCUUCGACUAUCUUGACGCCGCAACAGAACUCGUUCACCACUUUCUUCGUAUCCUCGAAUCCUACUCCAAACAGAAUAUCGACAUGCAAAUUCGUUCCAAGCAGCGUACCCGGCGGAAGAAGAAGGCAGCGCAAAAUGCUACAGGUGUAGAGAAUGACAACGACGAGAAUGACGGUUCGGAUGACGACGCUGCAUCUGCCGAGAAGACUAACAAAGAACGCAAAUUCGAUUUCAGUCGGUUUGCCAAUCGUUUCGCACCUCAGCCUGUAGUUGAUACAUUCGUCACUUUUACGAAAUACUACCAGGAUAUGACCGAUGAACAACUGAAGCGCGCUCACCGAUACUUCUACCGUAUAGCUUUCAAGUCAGAAGCUAGUGUAAUGUUGUUCCGUGUGGACAUCAUUCACCUUUUCUACAACAUGGUCAAGGGCCAGUCUGCGCUUGACAAAUCCUCAAGCAUGUUCAAGGAGUGGGAAGAGCUAGUGAAGCAGAUCCUCCGAAAAUGCUUCAAAAAGCUUGAACAACGCCCAGAGCUUCUCGUGGAGAUGCUUUUCAGCAAGACGGGAAGCACCGCUUUCUUCCUCGAGUACGGUUUUGAAAGACAAACGGUCACUGCAGCCAGCAAAGCCAAGCCUGCGCCUGAGUUGACAUUCAAGAAUACUGAAGAAUUGGAUCGUCAAAUUGCCAUCGUGGUGGGCGCGAUGCUAGACAAGAACCAGGCAGACCACAUUGCAUGGAUCAAAAAGAUUCUUGCUGAGGCCGAGACUGAACGUCGAGCCUUUGCAGCAGCUGAGGAGGCAAGGACCUCAAUCGAACCGCCCCAAGAGGAUUCAGAAGAACACCCGACGGAGUCUGGUCCGAAGCUGCCCCCUACUUUCUUUGUUCGUCCAGAUGAAAAGGACCGCCAGACUGCCAUGUUCAAGAACUCCUAUAUGCGACUUCUAAUGAACCUCGUAGGUAUCAAGCUUCUAGGCACAUCUUCAGAUGAGACCCCUGAAUCCCUUUGGAUCAUACCUGCAGAGGUAUCGGCAGACGUUCUCAAAGACGGCAUCCACCAUAUCAAUCAAGCCGAGUUCAACCCACCGACAUUCGAGGAAGGGGUUCUCGCUGAGCACCAGCUAAAGCGCAAAACUGCUCCACGCCAGAGAGCAGCCUUUGACGACGACGACGACAACGAUGUUGUUGAUCACGGAGAUUACACAAUGAGUGGCCCUACAGCGCGUAAAGUUAUCGACGACAAUGAGGGACCCAAGACGUCCCGUAAGAAGAGGAAACCCGGCAAAGAGCUUACUGAAGAAGAAAAAGAAGAGAAGCGGGAACGGGGGCGCAAAGCGCGCGAAGAGAAGAAAAACCGGGCAGCCAAAUCAAGGCUACAUAUCACGAAGUCAGACGAUGAGAGUGAUUCCGAGGCCGAUGCAGCCUUUUUUGCUCGAGAGCGUGAACAAGCAAAACGCGCUCCGGUCAGAUUACUUGCCGCAAGUCUUGCUGCGGACAAGGAGCCCGUGAAAAAGGCCACCAAAAAGACUACUAAAAAGCGUGCGGCUACAGUCACAGACAGCAGCUCGUCAAGCGAUGAAGAAGAUACAGCUGCUGAUACAGAUGAUGACGACGAUUCCACAUCUUUCAUUCGCAGGGCAAUGAACGGUACUCUCAGGGAAGAAGAGGAUGAGGAGAUGGGCGACACAUUGCCGGACGGCAGCGAUGGAGAGAGUCGAAAGAGAAGACGUCUUAGUGAGGAAAAGGCGCAACCUGGUGAAGAUAAGGAAAUGGGCGGAACGGGCAAUAAGGAGCAAGAUGACGAGGAUGAAGAAGUACCUGUGGUCACCCGAAGACCUCGAGUCCGGGGUGGAUUUGUCGUGGAUAGCGAUGAUGAUGAAUAG